GUCAGUCAGUCAAGGCAAGAGGUCUGUGCACUUUACAUGGCCAAAAACUUUAGUCCGGGUACCAGUGAGUGCGGUAAAUUUGAACUAAAAAAAGUUAUAAGUUUUUUUGAAAUUCAUAAUGACCUCCAAUUCGUCAUUGGAUUAUUUUUGUAGCUCCACGUUUUGGGACAGCAACUUCACAUGGUAUACAGACAACCCGGACUUCACCCGAUGUUUCCAGAAGACUGUCCUUGUGUGGGUUCCAUGUCUGUUCCUCUGGCUGGCAGCCCUCAUAGAUGUUUACCAUAUUUUGACCAGUAGGGAAAGCAAUAUACCAUGGAACAAACUCAACAUAAGCAAGCUGGUCAUAACCAGUCUCUUAGUAGUGUUGCAAAUACUUAACCUUGUGCUAGUUACUUAUGAAUCGUCUAGAGAAGACAAUCAAAUUAAUGAUGCAGAUUUUUAUGAUCCUGUUGUUAAAAUUUUUACUUUGAUGUUGUCAGUAACACUACUGUGCUACAACAGGAAAUAUGGUAUAAAGACGUCAGGGGUGCUGUUUAUAUUCUGGUUGCUCCUCAUCCUGGCUGGACUACCGCAACUCAGGUCCGAGAUCGUGCAGUACAAAACAAAAGACGACGCGUAUGUCCGAUAUAAUUUUGCUAGUUAUAUCGUGUACUAUAUGCUUAUUGUCAUUAUGUUUUUGUUGAAUUGUUUCGCUGACUUGCCACCUUUAGACACCCCUUACACUUACGAAAAGGUUCAGUCCCCCGAGAACAGUGCAGGGGUUCCAAGUCGCCUAACUUUUAGUUGGUUCGACCCACUCGCUCUGACGGGCUUCCGAAGAAGUCUUACUGAAGAAGAUAUAUGGCCUCUACACCCACAACUUACAUCCAAAGAGGCUGUUCCUAGGUUUGAGAAAUUUUGGCAGAGAGCUUCGAAUAAACGAGACCAGAAGUCAAAUGAAUCAACGAGUGAUCCUACAUCCCCUACGACUGCAAAACAGAAAAAGAAACCAGUAUCGAUAUUGCCAGUGGUUUGUUUAGCUUUCGGCGGACAGUUCAUGUUCGGAGUAUUUCUCAAAGUGAUCCACGACCUGCUUAUUUUCGCUUCGCCGGAAUUACUUAAGCAUCUGAUUGGAUUUAUCGAGAGCAAUGAGCCUGUAUGGAAAGGCUACCUCUACGCGGUCAGUAUGCUUGUAUGUGUUAUCAUACAAAGUCUGUUCCUGGGGCAAUAUUUCAUGAAAAUAAACAUGGUUGGAAUACAAAUCAAAAAUUCUCUUUGUAGUGUUGUCUAUAAGAAAGCUCUCUGCUUGUCCAAUGCCGCUCGCAAAGAGCGCACAGUUGGAGAAAUAAUUAACUUAAUGUCCACCGAUAUCGAUAGGUUCGGCAGUUUGACUUUCAUAAACUUGGUAUGGUCUGCACCGUUGCAAAUAUCUUUAGCUCUAUAUUUCCUAUGGGGCGUGUUAGGUCCUUCUGUGAUGGCUGGCUUAGCCGUCAUCGUUGUUCUCAUGCCCUUCAAUGGUCUGAUGGCAAGAUACCAGGAGAAGCUGCAGUCCAAGUUGAUGAAACACAAAGACCAAAGAAUUAAACUUAUGAGUGAAGUACUUAAUGGAAUGAAGGUUCUCAAAAUGUAUGCGUGGGAACCAAGCUUCCGAGAUCAUAUUACAGGUAUAAGAAAUAAGGAAUUGGGAGUUCUAAAAAAACUGGCAUAUUUAAAUUCAGGAAUGGCGUUUAUAUGGAUUUGUACACCUUUCUUGGUGUCGCUGAUGUCGUUCACAUGCUACGUGUUGGUGAAUGAUACGGAAGUGCUGGACUCUAAAAAGGCAUUCGUAGCAUUGUCCCUUUUCAAUAUACUUCGAUUCCCAAUGUUCAUGCUGCCAAAUGUUAUAUCGGAUAUCAUACAGACUGCAGUGAGUAUUAAGAGGCUUAACAAAUUCUUGAAUUCUGAUGAAUUGGAUACCAACGCGAUAGAACAUAGCCCUAACGAGAAAGACCAAAUCGUGAUGGAGAAAGCUCACUUCACGUGGGGUGACCAGGAUUCAGAUCCAGUUCUAAAGAACCUAAACUUACGCAUACCUCGUGGUUCACUCGUCGCCGUUGUAGGCAGUGUCGGCUCAGGCAAGACUUCCCUGCUGUCUGCACUACUCGGAGAUAUGGACAAGAUUUCUGGACGCGUUAAUAUUAAAGGAAAUAUUGCAUACGUGUCCCAGCAGGCUUGGAUUCAAAAUGCUACUUUACAAAACAAUAUUUUGUUUGGGUUGCCACUUGACAGAAAAAAAUAUAAUGAUAUCGUACAGGCGUGUGCUCUUGCAGCGGACUUGGGAAUUCUGCCAGGGGGUGACCAAACGGAAAUCGGUGAAAAAGGAAUAAACCUGUCGGGCGGGCAGAAGCAGCGCGUGUCGCUGGCGCGGGCGGUGUACUGCGACGCGGACAACUACUUCCUGGACGACCCGCUGAGCGCCGUGGACUCGCACGUGGGCAAGCACAUCUUCGACAAGGUGCUGGGCCCGGCCGGGCUGCUGAAGCACAAGACGCGCGUGUGGGUCACGCACAACGUGUCGUACCUGAUGCACACGGACCUGGUGGUGGUGCUGCGCGACGGAGAGGUCUCCGAGGCCGGCUCCUACCAGCAGCUGCUCGAGAAGAAAGGCGCCUUCGCAGACUUCCUGCUGCACCAUCUUAGCGACGCCGAGCGCUCCUCUUCGUUAGAAGAUUUGGAAGAUAUUAAAAAUGAUUUAGAGAAUAAACUGGGACCAGAGUUCCAUCGUAAGUUACAAUGGGCUCGAUCGAUUUCGACGAGUGCUUCAGAAAAAGAGCCAACGAAUGCUGGUGACCGUGCCAAUAACGUUGCAAAUAAGGAAAAGUUAGAAAAUACACCAAUUGAAGAAGACCCAGAAUUCGACCAACUUAUUGAGACCGAGAAAACUGAAACAGGAAAAGUAAAAAUUGAAGUAUACAUGCACUAUCUAUCAAAAAUCGGCGUGAAGGCGGCCAUAACAACGUUAGUAAUGUACAUCUUGCUACACUCCUUGCAAAUAAGCGUCAACUUUUGGCUCGCGAUAUGGUCCAGUGAUGACAAAAUGCUUGUAAACGGUACAGUGGAUACCCAACGCCGAGACAUGUACCUCGGUGUGUAUGGCGGUCUGGGAUUUUGUCAAGCAUUGGUAUCACUGUUUGUCGACCUAAUGCCGUUCUUGGCUUGCUGGAAAGCAGCGAAGAUACUUCACGCGAUCAUGUUGGACAAUGUCUUCAAAUCUCCCUUGCAAUUCUUCGAAGUGACACCUGUCGGAAGAAUCCUGUCUAGAUUUUCCAAAGAUGUCAACGUAGUGGAUACUUCACUUUGUUGGGAAAUCUCCAGUGUUCUUAACGGGUCUUUUGAGUUAAUAGGGACGAUAAUUGUGAUAAGUGUUUCUACGCCAAUGUUUAUGACUGUGAUCCUGCCUAUUGGAGCCAUGUACUAUCUCAUCCAAAGAUUCUAUGUACCGACGUCAAGACAGCUUAUGAGAAUCGAGUCAGUAGCUCGCUCGCCUGUGUUUUCACAUUUCAAUGAAAGUAUUUUGGGUGCAACUAGUAUUCGUGCUUUUGGAGUCGCAGACAGAUUCGUAAAGGAAUCUCAACUUAAAGUGGAUCAUUAUGAAUCUAUCUCUUUUAUGUCGACGGUUGCGGAUAGAUGGCUUUCAGUCCGCCUCGAGUCAGUUGGCGGUCUCAUAAUAUUCUUUGCUGCAUUAUUCGCAGUAAUUGGAAGAGAUAGUAUUACUCCUGGCCUUGCUGGUCUCUCCGUCAGCUAUACUUUAGAGAUAACACAAACCUUAAGUUGGUUAGUUCAAUCAGCGUCUUCUGUAGAAACAGACAUCGUAGCAGUAGAGCGUAUGAAAGAGUAUGCGGAGACGAAGCAGGAAGCGGCAUGGUCGGUGGACGCGGGCCCGCCGGCCACGUGGCCGGAGACGGGCGCGCUGCAGCUGGAGCGGCUGACGCUGGCGUACCGCGCCGGCGCCGAGCCCGCGCUGCGGGACGUCACGUGCGCCGUGGCGCCGCGCGACAAGCUCGGCAUCGUCGGCCGCACCGGCGCCGGCAAGUCCACGCUCACGCUCGGCCUGUUCCGCAUCGUCGAGGCCGUCGGCGGCCGCAUCCUCAUCGACGGCCUGGACAUCGCCACCAUGGGCCUGCACCAGCUGCGCUCGCGCAUCACCAUCAUCCCGCAGGACCCGGUGCUCUUCUCCGGCACGCUGCGCAUGAACCUGGACCCCUUCGAGACCUUCUCGGACGAGGACAUCUGGCGGGCGCUCGAGUACGCGCACCUCAAGCCGUUCGUGCAAGGGCUGCCGGCCGGGCUGCGCCACGAGGUGGCGGAGGGCGGCGAGAACCUGUCGGUGGGACAGCGGCAGCUCGUGUGCCUGGCUCGCGCGCUGCUGCGCAAGACGCCGCUGCUCGUGCUGGACGAGGCCACCGCCGCCGUCGACCUCGAGACGGACGAGCUCAUCCAGAAGACCAUCCGGUCGGAGUUUGCGUCGUGCACGGUGCUGACCAUCGCGCACCGGCUCAACACCAUUAUGGACUCCACGAAGGUCAUGGUGCUGGACAAGGGCCAACUUGUCGAGUACGCGCCGCCCGACCAGCUUCUUCAGGACAAGAACUCCGUAUUCUACAGUAUGGCCAAGGACGCCGGACUGGUUCACUGAUACAAUGCCACACAAUCAGUGCCGAGUCAGGGAAGAGUCUCAUAAGGCGUCAAUUAAAAAUGUGUUUGGUGCUAGCCUGAUAUUCGAAUAACGUGUCAGGCUAUAGGGAUAUACCUGCACGGUCAUUUUAUACUAUAGCUUUAACCAAUGGUGCUGAAGUAUGUUGUUACUUAAAUUAUUUAUUUUAUAUAUUAGUUUUAGUUAAAAACUUGGAAUUUACUAGCAAAUCGGAUAACCUACUUAAGCACCCUGUUCUGCUGUGUAGCUAUAGUAACAGUAGGGUAUAAGUAAAACAGAGGCAAAACUAGUAAAUAGUAGGUAUGCUUAAUAUGGUAUAUUCAGGUCUCUACAAAGGUAGAUGAGAAAUCACAAGACAGCUUGGCCACCUAGCUUGGGCUACAUAGGUACAUAUAGUAGUACCUGCUGAAACAUCGGCACUUUAUAGCUUGGAACAUGGAAAAAGCCGAUCUCAAGCUAACCUUCAUACCUAUGUACCAUUGCAAUCUCUUACUUUUCAUCGUAUACGUAAUUUAAUACGUAAUUUUCUUCGAAUAAAUUGGUAAACAUAAAACGUUAAAAUAUGUUCCUAAUUGAAAAAAAAAACGUAUUAUUAAGUAUAAUUUUUAUAUUGAAAUACCUAAGAAUAAAGAUAUUUCGUGCAAUGUCGUGCCUUAUAAAAGAAUCUUCGUAGAUAUGUAUUUGGAAAGUAUUAAAACACAUUUAAGAGUUA